AUGCCAUGACCCCAUGACCCGAUUAAAACGUUUAGGAAAGAGGUAGCAUAGAAGAAAAUGGAGGAAUAGCAAAUUUGUUCUUGGCGAAAUAACCUCGCUUUCCAUUUCAGAAAUUCCUCUUCUCCGACAACUUAUCGGCGCUGGUGGUUGAAUUCGACAAUCUUACGAAUAAUUAUUUGUAACCCUAAUAUCUUCUUUACAAAGAGAAUCUCCUCUGUAAGUUCUAUUUCUUAAUAUUCUCAAUGAAUUCAUCUUUUAGGAGAAAAUUCUUAUACAUCUUGAAAAAUUCAAGCAUAUGCAAUGAAAUUUCAUUUUUGAAAUCAUCCUUUGAUGUAAUACCCAAAAAUCCAUCAAAUUUUCACACUAGGGUUUAUUGGGUUCGUUUAUUUUCAACUCAAUCUCCUAAUAAAUUUCCUGAAUAUGAAAUGCCGUCUGUUACUUGGGGUGUUGUUCAAGGACGAAAAGAAAGGCUUGUAUCAAAAGUAAUUAUAUGUGAUUAUUUAAAAACUUUGGGGAUUAUUACUGAUGAAUUACAAGAUAUUGAAUUGCCUUCUACUGUUGAAGUUAUGAGGGAAAGGGUAGAGUUUUUGCAGAAAAUUGGGUUAACUAUUGAUGAUAUUAAUGAGUUUCCAUUGAUGCUUGGUUGUAGUGUUCGUAAAAACAUGAUUCCUGUAUUAGGGUAUUUAGAAAAAAUUGGGAUACCUAGAUCAAAAUUAGGGGAAUUUGUGAAGAAUUACCCACAAGUUUUACAUGCUAGUGUUGUUGUUGAGCUUGUUCCGGUAGUCAAGUUUCUUCGCGGGCUUGAUGUUGAGAAAGAAGAUAUUGGGUAUGUGUUGCAAAAGUAUCCCGAAUUGUUAGGGUUUAAGCUUGAAGGAACAAUGAGUACAUCGGUUGCAUACCUUGUUAGUAUUGGGGUGAAUCCUAGAGAUAUUGGUCCAAUGGUGACACAAUAUCCAUACCUUUUGGGGAUGAGAGUAGGAACUGUGAUUAAACCCUUUGUUGAUUACUUAGUUUCCUUAGGUUUGCCUAAGAAGAUAUUGGCACGAAUGUUUGAGAAACGCCCGUAUGUAAUUGGUUACGAUUUGGAGGAAACCGUGAAACCUAAUGUAGAAUGCUUGAUUAGUUAUGGCAUCAAUAGGGAACAAAUCCCUUCAAUUAUAGCACAGUACCCACAAAUCCUUGGGCUGCCAUUAAAGGCAAAGAUGGCUAGCCAGCAGUAUUUUUUCAAUUUGAAGCUUAAGAUUGAUCCCGAAAAUUUUGCUCAAAUUGUUGAGAGAAUGCCCCAGAUAGUUAGCCUUAAUCAGCAAAUCAUUAUGAAACCUGUCGAGUUUCUUUUAGCGCGUGGUAUUUCUUCCGAUGAUAUUGCUAAGAUGGUUGUGAGAUGUCCACAACUAGUAGCUAUACAAGGUGGGAUCAUGAAGAAUAGCUUUUAUUUCUAUAAAAGCGAAAUGGGUCGUCCUAUAAGAGAGUUAGUCGAGUUUCCUGAAUACUUUACGUAUAGCUUGGAGUCGCGUAUUAAACCUAGAUAUCAAAGACUACAAAGUAAAGGGAUCAGGUGCUCUUUACCAUGGUUCCUUAAUUGUAGUGAUAAGAGGUUUGAAGAAAGACUUGAGAGUGCUUAUGUUGAAACUGAGAGUUCUGGCCCCACAUUUAACAUGGGUGGAAUUUUGGAAUUACCAGGAAGUUUUAAUGUAUCAGAUGAAGAAGAUGAAAGUGAAGAUGAAGUGCUUUAUAGGCUCACUGUUUCACUUUAGUGUCAUUUUUCUAGUGUUUUAUCAUUAUACCCGGUGCAUUCCGCUCAUAAAAACUAUGAUCAGGGUCUGGUGAGGGAUGAAAGAGGUAAAUCAUAUCCAUAAAGGAAGAUAUGGCAGAGGCCCUCGACUCGAGACCUACAAAGGAAAGCAUGUAGUUUUUUUAGUGUAUAAUCAUUAUACCGGUGUACCAUCGGCUUGAGACCUGCAAAAGAAAGCAUGUAGUUUUUCUAGUGUAUUAUGUACCAAAUAUGAGAUAAGAGAAGAGUUAAUUGAAGUUCUGUUUAUGUUCCCUACAGCUUCUUCUGUUUGCUUAAUUGAAAGCUUGUAGUGGCAAUGGCUGAAAUUGAGUUUGUAACUUAAUUUUAUGGCAAUUUUUCAUUACUUUUUUA